GGUGGUACGGUCCAUCCCGCGUAAUGGAGCCGGGCCCGGUCCCGCCGCCGCCGCCGCCGCCGCCCGCCGCCCCUUCCUUCGCCGAGGUGCUACGGCUGAUACAGAACGGGCAGGAACCGCCGGGCCUACGGCACCCCCACGCCUCGCCCACGGGGGACAGCCCCACCGCCUCCCGCCUCCCGCCGCCCACCAAACCCUGGGAGAACCGCCCCGGGUCCGCCGGGCCCCGCUGCAGCCAGCGCUCGGAGCAUAAAGAACCCCCACCGCUCUCAACCCAGCAGCCUGGAGGGAGCAGUGAUAUCGCUUGAUUUCCCAUACGCCACAUCUCAAUAGCUAGUGAUCCUUUAGGAAGUGUAAACAAACUUCAACAGAGCCGUAUUUCCUCACCAUACAGCUUGGCGACUGCCCCGUCUUGGUACAAACAUCAAAUUUAUCUUGCAAACAUUUGAAGAACCUGAGAACCGACUUAACGCUUGAAACCCGCAGGGGGCAAAGGAAGGACUGACGCGUGCUUCCUCCCUCCCAGCAGCAGCAUCGCUGUGCCCGAGGACAGAGCUACUCCACGUUGAGCUUUGUUUUUAUGUUCAUGGCUGCCAGCUCCGCCACAAAGUAACGGAAGACGUGGGGGACAGGGACAACCUCGAUUGCGUCCACUUCGCUGCAGACAGAGCAGGAGUACCUCCUGUUGCUUGUCACGGAGGAGGAGUGCGGUGGUUUCUCCAGCACAGGCGACGUCAUGCUGCCGCAGCUCGUGCAGACGUAGGCUAUGGAGCCAUCGGAGCAGUUGAACAGGCGGUCUUGCAGCAAGAAAGACGUGCCGUGAGCCAGCAAAGCGUCACGCUCCAUCUCGCCGAAGCGAAUCCCACCUUCCACGUUCCUCCCCUUGACAGGCUGGUUGGUGACAGCGUCUCGGGGCCCCGUUGUCCUCACCUGGAACUUGUCCGAGACCAUGUGGCGCAGGCGCUGAUAGUACACCACUCCCACAAAGAUCUCUGCCUCCAGCUCCAGGCCGCUGAUGCCACUGUACAUCUUUUCCGUCCCAAAGAAGUUAUAACCUGCGCUCACUAAAGUCUCGCCAAAGUAUUUCAAAGCGGAAUUCUUCUCCGUGAAGGUGAAGGGAGUGGCGUCGUAGGAGAUGCCGUGCAGCGCUGCUGACUUCCCCGCCAUGCUCUCGAUUAACAUCCCAAUGGUCAUACGGGAGGGAAAGCCAUGAGGAUUGAAGAGGAUGUCUGGAACCAUCCCGUCCUCUGUGAACGGCAUAUCCUCAACUGGCCAGAGCUGGCUCAGGAUACCUUUCUGUCCGUGACGGCUGGCAAAUUUGUCUCCGACAGUUGGAUUUCGGGGGACCCGCACAGUGAUGCAAGCCUUCUUGAAUUUCCCAGUGCCACGGUCAUUACUGCAUAACCUGACAUUGUCUACAAUGCCGACUUCCUUAUUCCUGUGUAGGUGGAAAAAACAAUCACAGCAAAGGUGUCAGGUGUGCUAAUGAUUUUUAGCUAGGAAAAAAACCAAACCACUUCAUUAAGUCUCAUAAAAUGCCUUGGGGCAGCUGGGGAACACCGUGCUUGAAAAGUACUAUUCAGUAGUGAGGGAAAUCAGACUGCGUGAGAAUUAGGACAAGGAAGCAAUACAAUGGCAUCAGCCAAGUGCCAUUCACUUGCUUUUUCUAAUACUAGAAGCACAGCUACAACUUUCAGGUAAUGUGCCACCCACGAUUUAAAAUAACGAUCAUUUAAACCUG